AGCAUGACAUGGCAGUAUAUGUACGGGAGUUUGGCGAGCACUGAGCGCAGAAGAUUGUGCCCUAAAACCCUAAAACCCUAAAAUCCUUGCACUAGGUUUCUUUCUGGUUUCCAAAAUAAGCAGACCGACGCAGAGCACAGCGAAGAUGGAAGGAACGACAGAGAUGGAGAUUGAGAAACCGAAAUCAAAGAAAUUCGGGCUAAAAAACUCAAUUCAAACCAAUUUCGGCAACGACUAUGUUUUCCAAAUUGUCCCAAAGGAUGACUGGUCGUCAGUGGCGGUGUCGCUAUCGACAAAAGCAGUGAAGCUUUAUUCUCCAGUGACAGGUCAGUUCCAGGGAGAGUGUAAAGGUCACUCUGAUACUAUCAAUCAAAUUGCAUUCUCUGUUUCAUCGUCUCCGCAUCUUUUGCAUUCUUGCUCUUCUGAUGGUACUAUCAGAGCUUGGGACACCAGAACUUUCCAACAGGUUUCAUGUAUGGAUUCCGGCUCUUCUCAAGAGAUUUUCAGCUUUUCAUUUGGAGGUUCUAAUGAUAAUCUUCUUGCUGCUGGCGCUAAGUCUCAGGUACUUUUCUGGGAUUGGAGGAAUGGGAAGCAAGUUGCAUGUUUGGAGGAAUCCCAUACUGAAGAUGUUACUCAGGUUCACUUUGUCCCUGACAAUAGAAACAAGCUUCUUUCAGCUUCUGUUGAUGGGUUGAUGUGUAUAUUUAAUACUGAUGGGGAUAUCAACGAUGAUGAUGAUCUGGAAUCAGUGAUUAAUGUUGGAACUUCAAUCGGGAAAGUGGGGUUUUUUGGAGAUACAUAUCAGAAGCUCUGGUGUUUGACAUAUAUCGAAAGUUUAAGUAUUUGGGAUUGGAAGGAUUCAAGAAAUGAAGCAAACUUUCUGGAAGCCCGCUCAUUAGCCUCUGACAGCUGGACAUUAGACCAUGUUGAUUAUUUUGUUGAUUGCCACUACGCCGGAGAAGGUGAUAGUUUAUGGUUAAUAGGUGGCACUAAUGCCGGUGCUUUAGGUUAUUUUCCUGUAAAUUAUAAAGGAGCAAGGGCGAUUGGAUCUCCAGAAGCAAUUCUUGGAGGGGGGCACACAGGUGUUGUCAGGAGUGUAUUGCCCAUGUCAAGCAUGAAGGGGGGACCUGCGCAAAGCCGAGGCAUAUUUGGAUGGACAGGUGGUGAGGAUGGUCGAUUAUGUUGCUGGUUGUCCGACGAUGCCACUGGGACAAAUCAAUCCUGGAUUUCAAGUGCGUUGGUUAUGAAAUCACCAAAGGCUCGCAAGAAAAAACGGCGUAAUCCUUACUAGAGAGCCUGUAUGUUUUUUCUUGCCGUACCUUCUCAAAAUAUUACAUUUUCUUUAGUUCCUUUCAACUUUUAUCUCUCUUUUUUGAGCUUUGUAUUUUCGGUUUCUAGUUUAGGAAAAUCAUGGCGUCUGCUGUGCAUUAUAUGCAUCGUUAUUGAAUUGUGGAAAGUAAAAUGCCUUCCUUUUUAAUGCCAUACUCAAUCCGUCCAUUUGAUCUCAUA